GCGUAAAGAACGUGGCGGGACGUAUGUGUCAUGGCGAGCUCCAUCUAAAGUCGCUGCAGUUACCGGAGAGUGGCGUACUCAUCUUUCAAGAAGAUUUGAGACUAAUUGCGAAUAAUCAAGAGAAGAUGCCUUCUGCAUCCUGUGAUACACUCCUGGAUGACAUAGAAGAUAUUGUGUCACAAGAAGAUUCAAAGCCCCAAGAUAGGCAUUUUGCGAGAAAGCACGUUGUUCCAAAGGUGCGAAGGCGAAAUACCCAAAAACAUUUGCAAGACGAAAACAGUCCACCAAGUGAUAGCACUAUUCCAGGCAUACAGAAAAUUUGGAUACGGACUUGGGGUUGUUCUCAUAAUAAUUCAGAUGGAGAAUAUAUGGCUGGACAACUAGCUGCUUAUGGAUAUAAAAUUACAGAAAAUGCAUCAGAGGCAGACUUAUGGCUCCUGAAUAGUUGUACUGUAAAAAAUCCGGCUGAAGACCACUUUAGAAACUCAGUUAAAAAAGCUCAAGAGGAGAACAAGAAAAUAGUGCUUGCUGGAUGUGUUCCUCAAGCCCAGCCUCGUCAGGACUACCUUAAAGGGCUGAGCAUCAUAGGGGUUCAACAGAUAGAUCGUGUGGUAGAAGUUGUGGAGGAAACAAUUAAAGGUCACUCUGUGAGACUGCUGGGUCAGAAAAAGGAUAAAGGAAAACGGUUGGGGGGAGCACGACUGGAUUUGCCAAAGAUUAGGAAGAAUCCACUGAUAGAAAUCAUUUCCAUCAACACUGGGUGUCUCAAUGCUUGUACCUACUGCAAAACUAAACACGCCAGAGGAAAUUUGGCCAGUUAUCCAGUUGAUGAGUUAGUAGAUAGAGCCAAACAGUCUUUUCAAGAGGGUGUUUGUGAAAUAUGGUUGACCAGUGAAGACACAGGGGCUUAUGGCAGAGAUAUUGGCACCAGUCUUCCCGCACUGCUGUGGAAACUGGUUGAAGUGAUUCCGGAGGGAGCGAUGCUGAGGCUUGGCAUGACAAAUCCGCCCUAUAUUUUAGAGCAUCUGGAGGAAAUGGCAAAAAUCCUUAAUCACCCCCGAGUCUAUGCCUUUCUGCACAUACCAGUCCAGUCUGCCUCUGACACUGUGCUCACAGAAAUGAAAAGAGAAUACUGCGUGGCUGACUUCAAAAGAGUAGUGGAUUUUCUGAAAGACAAAGUUCCUGGAAUAACUAUUGCUACAGACAUUAUCUGUGGUUUUCCUGGAGAAACAGACCAAGAUUUUCAAGAAACAAUGAAACUUGUUGAAGAGUACAAAUUUCCAAGUCUCUUCAUUAACCAAUUUUACCCAAGACCAGGAACUCCCGCUGCAAAAAUGGAACAAGUUCCAGCGCAAGUGAAGGAAUAUUUUGGGAUGCUUACACGAUUGUAUUCAAUUCUUCCAAAAAAGCAAAGAACAAAAGAUCUUUCUCAAGUAUUUCAUUCUUACAAUCCAUAUGAUCACAAGAUUGGUGAGAGACAAAAAGUGUUAGUCACAGAAGAAUCUUUUGAUUCCAAGUUUUAUGUUGCACACAAUCGAUUCUAUGAGCAGGUUUUAGUGCCAAAGAACCCCACAUUCAUGGGGAAAAUGGUCGAAGUGAACGUUUAUGAAUCAGGAAAACAUUUUAUGAAAGGGCAGCCAGUUUCAGAUGCCAAAGUAUAUGCGCCAUCCAUCAGCAAACCAUUAGCAAAAGGAGAAAUCUCAGGUUUAACAGAGGAAUUCAGAAAUAGGCUUGGGAACCACCUGAAUUCAGUAUCCCACACCUUGGAUGCAACUCAGCAAGGCUCGGCGAGUUCCAGAAUGGCGCUACAAUUGCAAAGGCUACACCAGGACUGUGCACUGAGGAUGUCUGUGGUCCUGGCUCUGUUUGCUUUUCUUUUUGCUUUUUUGAUCAAGGUCUGUAAUUAA